UGCUAACGUGCCCUAGCUUUUCCCCGAUUCCUUCCAGUUCCCUCUCAAAUCUCAUGUGGGUCGCUUUUAAUUAGUGCUAUUUGGCCCCACGACAACUCAUCUCCAGCCAUUUGAACCCAUUUGAAUCCUCCUCUUCAAAUCUUCCUACUACAGAGAGACAGCAUGUAGAAACAACACCCUUUUGGCGCCAAAGUUUCAAACUUUACCACGAAUUAGUCACAGUAGAGGGAAAAUCAAACCUGCCCUGAAUUACGAAUUUCGAAUUCAAUCUUCCUAAGCACGCAGACGGACCAUGGGCGUUAUAUAAAUCUGACCCAUCUUAUGCUUAGGUUUGUGCGAGAGACCUGUUUGAAGAAAUCCCUCCGAGAGAGUCGGCGGAGCAAAUAUGUAUGUGGUGAAGCGAGAUGGGCGUCAGGAGUCGGUGCACUUCGACAAGAUCACUGCGAGGUUGAAGAAACUGAGUUAUGGGUUGAGCACGGAGCACUGCGACCCCGUCUCGGUGGCGCAGAAGGUCUGUGCCGGGGUCUACAAGGGCGUUACCACCAGUCAGCUUGAUGAAUUGGCCGCUGAGACCGCUGCUGCCAUGACUGCCAAUCACCCUGACUAUGCUUGCUUGGCUGCUAGGAUUGCUGUUUCGAAUCUUCACAAGAACACCAAAAAGUCAUUUUCAGAGACAAUCAAGGAUAUGUACACCCAUGUCAAUGAAAGGUCUGCGCUAAAGGCUCCUCUGAUUGCUGAUGAUGUUUAUGAGAUAAUUAUGAAGAAUGCUGCUCGUUUGGACAGUGAAAUCAUAUAUGAUCGAGACUUUGAUUAUGACUACUUUGGUUUUAAAACACUUGAGAGGUCUUACCUUCUAAAGGUCCAAGGGAAGGUUGUGGAGAGGCCUCAGCACAUGUUGAUGAGGGUUGCUGUUGGAAUUCACAAGGAUGACAUUGAUUCUGCCAUCAAAACAUAUCAUAUGAUGUCUCAGCGAUGGUUCACUCAUGCUUCCCCCACCCUGUUCAAUGCAGGAACACCUCGGCCUCAAUUAAGCAGUUGCUUCCUUGUGUGCAUGAAAGAGGAUAGUAUUGAGGGCAUAUAUGAUACCUUGAAAGAGUGUGCAGUUAUCAGUAAAUCAGCUGGAGGGAUUGGUGUAUCUGUUCAUAAUAUUCGUGCCACUGGUAGUUACAUACGUGGUACGAAUGGAACUUCCAAUGGCAUUGUUCCGAUGCUACGAGUAUUUAAUGAUACAGCUCGUUACGUAGAUCAAGGGGGUGGCAAGAGAAAAGGUGCUUUUGCCGUCUACUUGGAGCCUUGGCACGCUGAUAUCUUUGAGUUUCUUGAUCUCAGGAAGAACCAUGGGAAGGAAGAGCAUCGGGCUCGGGAUCUGUUUUAUGCCCUUUGGGUGCCUGAUCUAUUUAUGGAAAGGGUUCAAAGUAAUGGCCAUUGGUCACUUUUCUGUCCAAAUGAAGCUCCAGGUUUGGCAGAUUGUUGGGGUGAAGAAUAUGAAAAGUUGUAUUUGCGAUAUGAAAGAGAGGGCAAAGCAAAGAAGGUUGUCCAGGCCCAAAAUUUAUGGUUUGAAAUACUGAAGGCCCAAAUCGAAACUGGAAACCCCUACAUGCUUUUUAAGGAUACUUGCAAUAGAAAGAGCAACCAGCAGAACCUGGGUACCAUCAAAUCUUCCAACCUCUGCACUGAGAUUAUUGAGUACACAAGUCCAACAGAAACGGCUGUGUGUAAUCUAGCAUCUAUUGCUUUGCCAAGAUUUGUCCGAGAGAAGGGAAUGGAAUCAAGUCCGUCUAAGCUCGUCGGGAGCAGGGGAUUCAAGAAUAAAUAUUUUGACUUUGACAAACUGGCAGAGGUUUGUGUUAUAACUCACCGCACAUACUUUUUGCUGUUUGAUUCCAUACACUUUUUGCAAUGGAGCUUAUUCCUAAUGUCUGGUCAGGUUACUGCAAUUGUUACUACGAACCUGAACAAGAUUAUCGAUGUCAAUUACUACCCUGUUGAAACUGCUAGAAGGUCAAACUUACGACAUAGGCCAAUUGGCAUUGGCGUGCAAGGACUUGCUGAUACGUUUAUUUUGCUCGGUAUGGCAUUUGAUUCGCCAGAGGCUCAGCAGUUAAACAAAGACAUCUUUGAAACCAUAUACUAUAAUGCUUUGAAAGCUUCCACUGAGCUGGCUACAAAAGAAGGGCCCUAUGAGACAUAUGAAGGAAGUCCUGUCAGCAAGGGUGUUCUUCAGCCAGAUAUGUGGAAUGUGACUCCUACAGAUCGUUGGGACUGGGUUGCUCUUAGGAACAUGAUAUCAAAGAAUGGAGUGAGGAACUCACUUCUUAUAGCUCCCAUGCCAACUGCUUCGACCAGUCAAAUUCUUGGAAAUAAUGAGUGCUUUGAGCCAUAUACUUCCAACAUAUACAGCCGAAGAGUUCUCAGUGGUGAAUUUGUUGUUGUGAACAAACAUCUUCUUCAUGACUUAACGGAGAUGGGUGUGUGGUCUCCGGCUGUCAAGAACAAGAUAAUAUACGAGAACGGCUCUGUUCAGAAGAUUCCAGAGGUUCCUGAAGAGCUAAAGCUUAUAUACAAGACCGUGUGGGAGAUCAAGCAGAAGACCUUGGUUGACAUGGCUGCGGACCGUGGAAGCUACAUUGACCAGAGUCAAAGCUUGAAUAUCCAUAUGGAUCAACCCAAUUUUGGAAAGCUUACUUCUCUACACUUCUAUGCAUGGACCAGGGGUCUCAAAACGGGGAUGUACUAUUUGCGAACCCGUGCUGCAGCUGAUGCAAUCAAGUUCACAGUGGACACUUCAUUUAUGAAAGAAAACGCCGCAACUCAAGCUCAAGACGACGACACGAAAAUGGCUCAAGUGGUGUGUUCCUUAACAAACAGGGAAGAAUGCAUGGCAUGUGGAAGUUGAAAUGAGUUCCCCAAACAGAUGCAAUCGAUGCAGUGCUUUCUGGGCCUGCCAUUGCCAUGGUGAAUGGAGCACACAGCUUGUAUGCUCAGUUCAAACCGAAAUAGCUUUGGUUUUAAUCUGAAUGACAAGUUAUCUGUAUAGUUUUCAAAUCCUGAUGUGGGUUGUU